GACUGUCAUGGCGGCUCCCUGUCGGAGGUUUGCUUCACGGUGAAUCUCGACAGGAGCUGAUUUCCAGAAUGAGCUGAGAGAAGCGGAGCUAUGUCAGGUAUGAAUGUGAUGUCAUCAGUGAUGCGCGGCGCCCGGCGGCUCCUCCACGCCGACCUGCCUCUGCCCCUCCUCUGUCCCGCCCGGAGCUCCGCCCCCCUGCUCACCUGUCAGAACAGGAGGUCGGCCUCCAAACAGGUCAGAGGUCAGAAGCAGGAACACAGCAACCCGAAGGGGAAGCUCAAAGUGGACAAACAGGAAGUGGAGAUCCGACAGGGGAUGACGGCGGCGGCGCUCGCUGAGGCCAUGAACAAGGACUUUGACCACGUGUUGGAGACUCUGCUGAACACCUCGGUGGACCUGGACUCUCUGGAACCAGACUCUGUUCUGGAGGACAGGUGGAUCAAGGAGGCGGUGACUCGGUCAGGGAUGAAGUUCAGAUGGGCCACACUGAGCGUGAGCAGAGAACGACCCAACAGAGACGCCUACAGGAGGCCUCCGGCGGACCCGUCCCGCCUGGUGAGUCGCCCCCCGGUGGUCACCAUCAUGGGCCACGUGGACCACGGCAAGACGACGCUGCUGGACAGCCUGAGGAAGAGUCAGAUCGUCGCCACGGAGUCCGGCGGCAUCACGCAGCACAUCGGGGCCUUUCUGGUCCAGCUGCCGACGGGUGAGAAGAUCACCUUCCUGGACACGCCGGGUCACGCUGCCUUCUCCUCCAUGAGAGCCCGCGGAGCCAACGCCACCGACAUCGUGGUUCUGGUGGUGGCGGCCGACGACGGCGUCAUGAACCAGACGGUCGAGUCCAUCCAACACGCCAAGAGAGCCAGAGUUCCGAUGAUCGUGGCGGUGAAUAAAUGCGAUAAGCCUCAGGCCGACCCUCAGAGAGUCAAACAGGAGCUGCUCGCUUACGACGUCGUCUGCGAGGAGUUCGGAGGAGACGUUCAGGCGAUCCACAUCUCUGCUCUGAAGGGUGACAAUCUGCUGGCUCUCGCCGAGGCCACGGUGGCGCUGUCUGAGGUUCUGGAGCUGAAGGCAGAACCCAGCGGUCCAGUGGAGGGCCUCAUCCUUGAGAGCCGGACGGACAAAGGCAAAGGGCUGGUCACCACCGCCAUCAUCCAGCGGGGCUCGCUGAAGCGUGGUUGUGUUCUGGUUGCAGGGAAAUGCUGGGCUAAAGUCCGCUUUCUGUUCGAUGAGAACGGGCGGGCGGUACCGGAGGCUGGGCCGAGCGCCGCCGUGGAGGUGGUCGGCUGGAAGGACCUGCCGUCUGCCGGAGAAACCAUCCUGGAGGUGGAGUCGGAGCAGCGAGCGAGGGAGGUGGUGGAGUGGCGGAGUCACCAGGAGGAGCAGGCGAACCUGCAGGAGGAGCAGAACGCCAUCGAGCACAAGCAGAAACUGCACCAGGAGGAGUACCACCGCGAGAGGGAGGGGCUUACUCACCUAAACUGGAGGCAAAGGAAGCGGGCGCUGUACCGGGCCAACAAGAACCGCUUCACCAUGAGGCUGAGCGAGAAGAAGCAGAGCGACCCGCUGAGCCUGUCGCUCAUCGUCAAAGGUGACGUGGACGGCUCGGUGGAGACGCUCCUGAACAUCCUGGACAGCUACGACGCCCAGCAGCAGUGUCAGCUGGAGGUCGUCCACUUCGGCCUCGGAGACGUCUCCGAGAACGACAUCAACAUGGCCGACACGUUUGGAGGCUCCAUUUACGGCUUCAACGUGGCGGCCAGCCGGGCGAUGCAGCAGCUGGCGGCGAAGAGAGGCGUCCGGCUGCGGCUGCACACCGUCAUCUACCAGCUGAUCGACGAGCUGAAGGACGAGCUGAGCAGCAAACUGCCGCCGCUCGUCUCCGAGAACGUGGUCGGUGAGGCCACGGUUCUCGCCAUGUUCGACGUCUCUGUGGGGAAGACGAAGGUCCAGGUGGCCGGCUGCCGGGUCCAGAAAGGCCAACUGGACCGACGACUCAAGUUCAGACUGAUUCGAGGACGAGACACCGUCUGGGAAGGUUCUCUGGCAGCCUUAAAGCACCACAAAGACGACGUCCAGGCGGUGAAGCUGGGGAUGGAGUGCGGCUUGUCGGUGGACGGCGGCGUUGACUUCAGAGCCGGUGACAUCAUCGAGUGUUUCGAGGAGCAGGACACACCGCAGGUCACUUCCUGGAAUCCCGGGUUCUAACGAGGACCUGCAGCGGCUGAACUGAAUGUAGAUUUAAUGAUUGAACUUUAAUGAAGUUUUAUUUGUGCUGGGAACAAACUGCCAGCUCAAGGCUUGAGUCAAAUGUUCCUUCAACGUUGUGGGAAAUGAGCCACAGUUGUUUUGUUUCAGAGGUUUUAAUAGAAGAAUUCAACUUUGCCAACAGGACACACGUUAACAUGGCUAAAUGUAAUAAAGUGAAUGUUCUGAACAUCCUGCUCUCUGACUGGACAAAUCUACCAAUAAACAGUUUGAAAAGA